UACUCACAUACAUACACACCCACAAAUACACACACAAAUACACUCACACAUACACACCCACAAAUACACUCACACAUACACACACACACGUCCCCUCACCCACACGCACUCGCACCACCCCAUCCCCCAGUAAAUUCGACACUCUGCAUCCAUUCAGCCAAAGACAAAGACCGCUUCAAGUCCAGCAUUCACCAAACACCUGGAUUACCGGAAUCAAUACCCAGCAACAAGUGAGAGAGAGAGGACACCAUCAUCACUGCACACACAAUAUCCUAAACCGAGAUAGACAUAGCCAGCCACCACCAUCAUCAUCAUCAUCGUUAUGAACAAUACUGGAAAGAUGCGAAUUCUCUACGUUUGUGAGUUUGACACUUGAAACCAGAACUGAAUCCAUUCCUUGGUCUUCAACCUUCGACACUUUACUCUGAACACCACGCUGCGUUGAUGCCAUUGCUCGCUUAUAUUUCGUAAACCUCUCCACCAGUUCACACACCAUCCACCCAUCUAAAUAUCUCGAGCUACCAUCUAGUUUCAGAAAACCUCUUGCCCGGAAAUUCACCGUUUAUUAAUCCGCCAUGGAUCUGGAAAAUAUGACAUUUCGUUCAACGGGCUCUGAUGUCGAUGCGAGACAUGUCCUCGUCGAAGGCGUCUUACCGCCUGCCUGCAUCUGUGGAAUCGUCGGCAUUAUAAUCACAUUGAUAAUAUUAAGCCAUAAACACAUGGCCACCUCCACCAAUACGUACUUGAUUGGAUUGGCAGCUGCGGAUUUGAUGUUUCUGAUUAUUGUUUCGUUGCGUCUGUGGGGUGUGAUGGUCUCGCAUAGCGACUUGAACACCUGGGAGAUAUUUACCGCUUAUUCGGAGAUUUUCUUGCGAAUGUUCAACCUGAUUUCCGUAUGGAUGAUAGUCAUGCUUGCCGUUGAACGCUUUAUAGCCAUUUGCAUUCCUUAUAAAGCGAUGGACAUGUGCACGGUCAACCGAUCACGGUGCAUCGUGGUUUUCAUCUACAUCGCUGCUUUCGUUUGCCAAUCACUGCAUUUCGCCAAGUACAAGAUCGUGGCUUCGCACACCGAAUUUAACGAGAGCGAAUACACGCUGCACCACACACAGCUCUCCGGAGACGUUCUCUUCACCAUCAUCUACGGAUGGGUUUUCGAAGGCCUGAUCGGCGUCAUCAUACCAUUCGUGUUAAUCCUGGUCUUGAACAGCCGUCUCAUAUACGAAAUACACAAAUCAACACAAUACCUUAAGCGACAGAUUGGUGCCAACACGCGAACCAGCUUCGACAUCAGUUCAGAACAAAUGAAAAUCACAACAAUGUUGAUCGCGAUGUGCGUCGUCUUCCUCAUCUGCCAGGCUCCGUAUGUUCUCUACAAUUACGUCAUUAGCAUCCAUGCCGGGAGCUUCAGGGGCCAGCACCAUUUAUUAAUUAUGGCAGUAUCAAUCCUGUUAGCGGCAAUGAAAUCAACCAUAAACUUUGUGCUUUACUGUUGGUUCAGCGAAAAGUUUUGGACCACUUUUAAAAGUCUGUUGUGCUUCAGGUGUGCAAAGUUGCGCAACCUGACCCAAAACCAAUCAAACGGUAACCCAAAGAACAUAAACCCCAGAAAUAAUUCCGUCUCCAAUUCUAAAGAAACUACCAUUUAAUUCUACGCGAUUCCCAUCUUCCAAUCUCCACGCUUACCAGUCUGUCUCUGUUUCAUAUACAUACAUGCAUACAUACAUACAUUACAUAUAUACACACACACAUACAUACAUACAUACAUACAUAGAUACAUACACAUACAUACAUACCCCCACAAAUAUAUA